CUUUGCGCAAAGUAAUUCUUGUUCUCUUUUAGUUACUGUAUAAACUACCCAGAUAAAUGUUGGACCAUGUAGCUCCAAGGACCAUUAACACCUUUAAUUGUCUUGGUCUUCCCAACUCCUAUAUAUAUGUACAUCCAUCACCUUAUAGGAUGUAAGUCCACAUCUGAAUCUACGUUUUGUCCACGUCUCAUUAUUUAACAAAUAGAACUAGAGGGUUCAUUUCUUCUUCAAGAGAAAUGGAGAAGGAUCAAACUGGCACUAAAAUGGCAACAAGCAGCGUGUACGAGGAUAUGUUACCGGUGAUGGCAGAAAAGCUCGAUGUAGAUGCCUUUGUAGCUGAAUUAUGCGGUGGCUUUCGGCUUUUGGCAGACACCCAAAGAGGGUUGAUCACGUCAGAGAGUCUGAGGAGAAAUUCAGCCCUUCUGGGUAUGGAGGGGAUGAGCAAAGAAGAUGCAGAAGAGAUGGUCAGGGAAGGAGAUCUUGAUGGCGAUGGAGCGCUCAAUGAAACUGAAUUUUGCAUCCUAAUGGUGAGGCUUAGCCCCGAAAUGAUGGAGAACGCAGAAACUUGGCUUCAGAAGGCACUUGAUCAAGAGUUGAGAAAAUCAUCACGUUAAAUUUCUUUAUUUGUACCCAUUUAUUAAGACAGCAUCGCUUUUAUGGUAUUUUAACGGGAAGUUUUAUUGAAUGAAUAUGAUUAAACUGA